CAGGCAGUCACGUGAUAUUGCCUUACAGGUUUUUGGCGUAAUUUGUUUACUUUCAUCAGCUGACCACCUGGCUUCGACCGAGAAAAUAAGGAAGAGGAGCUUAAAUCAAAUACUCCAUCAGUCAUACUACAUGUCAAACUAAACACUGAUGUGUAAUUAAUUACAGUAUAUAAUACACAAUUGCACACAAUAACUCGUAUAUCAUUCUCAAAAGCACGGAGCAGGAGUCUUACAGACCUUGGCAGCGACAGCAGGAUGGUUGCUGCAGAACCCCUGAGCAUCGUCUCCCGCUGGUACCUCUACGCCAUCCACGGCUACUUUUGCGAGAUCAUGUUCACCGCAGCCUGGGAGUUUGUGGUGCACUGCAACUGGAAGUUAACCGGAGUCACCAGCGUCUGGGCUCUCUUCAUUUACGGCACCUCCAUCCUGGUGAUGGAGAAUAUGUACUUGGUCUUAAGAGACCACUGCCACAUCAUGCUGCGCUGUGUCCUGUACACACUGUGGACCUUCGUGUGGGAGUUCUCCACAGGUUAUGUGCUGAGGCACUUCAAUGCCUGCCCCUGGGAUUACUCCUCCUUCGAUUACAACUUCAUGGGCCUGGUGACUCUGGAGUAUGCCGUGCCUUGGUUUUUUGCUUCCCUUAUCGUCGAGAAGGUUAUUGUCCGGACUACACUCUGCCUGCGGUUUGAUGGAACCACCGUUGACCCCACAGGAUCUGCCUUGAGCAUCUCCAGCAAGCGCUUCAGAUCCAAGGUUGAAUGACUCCUUGGAAAAUAGGUGCCUGCAGGAUGUUUGAUGUCUUGAAUGUUGAUAUCUGGGGAACAAGAUUUCUUCCGCUGGUGCUUUGUGUGGUGAGCAAUAGAGACGUCCAAAGGCCAGACAGGUUUACACACUUUGAGGGUUAAUUCAAUGAACAGGGUUCCAGUUUUGUGGUGCAAUUUAAUCAGCAGACAUGAGCUCUGUUCUUUAUAAAAAAUAAAUAAAUAAAAUUGUUGCCAUAAGAAGGCUGGAUUCUGUGAUUUUUAUUUUAUUUUUUAUUUUUUUAUAAACUGUCCUGUUACCCCUGUUUUCUUAACUGUGACUGGAAAAAGUAUUCAAUAGUUGAUAACUGUGUUUUUGCAUUAGAUAAAGUUACAUGGGCAUGUUAUGCUACCUUACACACUCCUACUUUAUACAUUUCUUGAGAAACACGCUCACCACAUGGAUGCGAUGGUUUAUUCCGUAAUUUUGCAAAUUAAUUUUUCACAGUAAAUGUGCAAAAUGACUGUCAGUACCACUGAAAAAUAGAAUCCCGUUCUAUAUUUGUAUUCACAUAUACAUAUAGCACUCCCGGGGUAUUAUUAUUAACAAAGUACAAAUACAAAUACAAACUGUAAACAAAGCUUUCAAAUAUAAUGUAUUUAAAAUGUAGCUUAAUAUUUAUAAGAAGUGUAUUUCUUAGGUGACUUUUGUAAGCUUUAAGUUUUUAUAAAUACUGUUGAGUACAUUCCAAGGGUAUACAAGGUCAGAGUCAUGUAAAGUUUCUGUUUAAACUCAUUAUGUACAGUAUGCUGCUCCUAAGAGACAUUUGGUUUUACCUGAGCACGCAGUGCCACCAGCUGCCAAGAAGUUGUAAUUUGUGCUAGAUCUUAAGGAGUCAGAAAUUUUUGUUAAAACUUUAAGCAUGUAAAACCUUGCCAUUUCUAUAAUUAAACACCUCCCUCCCUGCUAUUUUACAUAUUUUUAUAGGCAGAAAGUGAAGAAUCUCACAUGCAGAAUUACUGUAGAUGCUACACAAAACACACAGCUUUAUUUAUUUAAACAUGUCUGACAUACGGCUCCUUUGAUAUAGAGGUAACUCAUUUAAGGUUGUGAAUUAGUUAAAGAAUACAGAUGGUUGUCUUUGGUAGAAGCCACUAAAAUACUGUACCGCUAAAACCUGUUUAGUACAAAGCAGUAACUCAUAAGUUUAUAAACUCUCUGUUUUUUCUACAAUUAUUCCAGGGUAUUAAAUGCACAUAAUAAAUCCUGUUUGAAAAAUCAACCAAUCAUUAAGUUUGUCAGAAUUCCAGUACAUCUUGGGUAUCAGUGUCACGAUUUUAAAGCAAAGAAAGCAACACUAUUUUAGUAUUAGUUCCUGUAUUGGUUCCUGCCUAUAAUCUUUGUUUCUGUGAUUCAUAAUACAGUGUCAUAACAGAAAUCAUUUUCCCACAGUUUAAUGAGAUAGAACCACUCAGUUUGCUUCAUGGUCCUCCCCUACUCAAACAGCAUGAGAUGACAUCUCUUAUUAUACAAUGGCAAGGAUUGCCGUCCUAUUCAUUUCAAUGGGUUGUGUGAUGUCAUAGCCAUGGCGAUACCUCAGGACAUCGCUGCGGUUCUCUUAAAAGCUAUUUUUGUUAGUUGUUGCUAGAUUUCAAAAGACCGGAUGGCCACUGUACUGAAUAAUCUCAAUAUGGCACUCCAGGGUUUAUGUUAUUGAAUAUUGGCACUUCUCAGGCUUUGCCUCAUGCCUCAUAAUGCACCCUAGGCGUGCCAACAUCCCACAACAACACAUAUAUGUCAAGCGCUAUGUUGCUUAAAUAACUUCUGUAAAUGCCUGCUGUUAAGAUGCACAUUUCUGUUGUCAUUUUAUGAUGUUUGCAGUCAUUCUGAGUGGUUCGAUUGCUCCUGUUUUAAUUGUAAUAAUAAUUCUCUGUAUCAGAAUCCACCUUUGCUUGUAGAAACCUUUCACCUGGGUGGUCACUGCAUCAUGUUAUUGCUUUGCAAUUAGUAUUAAAAAAAAAAAAAACAGUACUCAAAUAGCCGGUAAUUAGGAUUCUACAGGUUCAGAUUAUGAUAGAGAAAUAUUAAUAUAGAAAUGGUUCCAGCUUUUACCAGCCAUUAACCCUAGUACUGAUUUGUAUAUAUUUUUUCUUUUUCAAUUGACAUCACACUUUGACAGCUUGUCACACAUGUUCAUCCCUUACUGUAGAAUUUUGUAUUGUUUUGCUAUGGUUGUAGUCAUGGAUUGUUGUUAAAGUAAUUAUUAUUGAUCAUAAUAAAAACUGAUA